GAAAAUUUUUUCCGGAUUUUUUGGUGUUUUUUUUUUUGUUUUUUGCUCUGAAAAUCUUGUGUAGUCAAAAGGAGUUUUUUCAGCUGCUUUUAGUGAAGUGAAAUUACAGAAAUCUUUUGGAUCAACAACAUAUAAAGGUUCACUUUAUGGCAGCUCAGAAUUAUUGUUAGGAUGUCAAAUUACGUACUCUAAGUUGGGCUGCUGAAUUGAUUCUUUAAUUUUUAAGUACUGAUGGGGACAGAACUUAUGAGGGUUUGUGUUAAAGAAGAGAACGAUGACAUUCCAUCAGUUCCACCAGGUUUUGAGUCAUAUGCAUCUUUUACCUUAAAGAGGGCACAAGAUACUGAAAAACAAGAGAGUGAUAAUGUAAUGUGCUGCUCAGCCCCUGCAAGUACUUCCGAAACCAGUCCGGUUAAAAAGGAAACUGAGUUGGGCAAUAGGGGAAACGCAAAGAUUUCAAGGUCUCUGAGGCGUAGACCUUGGAUAAACUAUGGUCGAUAUGAUAAUAGUUCAGAAGAGGAGCCUGAUUGUGGGAAGCUUGAUCAAAAUCUAAGAUUGAGACUUAAUCUUCCUAAAGGUGUUAUCCGUGGAUGUCCGGAGUGUAAUGAUUGCCAAAAGGUAACUGCAAGAUGGCGUCCAGAAGAGGCAUGUAGGCCAGACCUUGAGGAUGCACCUGUAUUCUACCCAACAGAAGAGGAGUUUGAAGAUACUUUGAAGUAUAUAGCUAGUAUACGACCAAGAGCAGAACAAUAUGGAAUUUGUCGCAUUGUUCCUCCAUCUUCUUGGAAGCCUCCUUGUCCUCUUAAAGAAAAGAAUGUGUGGGAAAAUUCUAGAUUCACUACUCGUGUGCAGAGGGUUGACAAGCUUCAGAAUCGUGAUUCAAUGAGAAAAAUGUCAAAAGUUAAUAACAAUAUGAGGAGGAAAAGGAGAAGAUGCAUGAGAAUGGCUGUAGACUGUGGGUCUGAUAGUGGAAGUAUCUCAGGGUCUGCUGAUGCUGGGUUUUGUGAAGUUGAGAGGUUUGGGUUUGAACCUGGUCCAGAGUUUACUCUGGAAAAAUUUCAGAAGUAUGCAGAUGAUUUCAAGGCACAGUACUUAAGGAGGAGGGAAAACGGUGUGGAUAUGGAAGGUAGAAUGACCAUUCUUCAAGAGCACCCUGAGCCUUCAGUUGAGAAUAUUGAGGGUGAAUACUGGCGGGUAGUGGAGAAAGCAACCGAGGAAAUAGAGGUCUUAUAUGGGGCUGAUCUGGAAACAGGGGUUUUUGGCAGUGGGUUUCCCAAGAAGCCCAGUCAAGUUGAAUUUGUUUCAAAUGAAAAGUACAUAAAAUCAGGCUGGAACUUAAAUAACUUUCCCAGGCUUCCUGGAUCUGUUCUCUCUUAUGAAAGCAGUGAUAUUUCUGGGGUUCUGGUUCCCUGGUUGUAUGUUGGAAUGUGCUUUUCCUCCUUUUGCUGGCAUGUUGAAGAUCACCACCUAUACUCACUAAAUUACAUGCAUUGGGGUGCUCCAAAAAUUUGGUAUGGUGUCCCCGGAAAGGAUGCUUCUAAACUGGAGGAGGCUAUGAGAAAGCAUUUGCCUGACCUUUUUGACGAACAACCUGACUUGCUUCAUAAACUGGUCACUCAGCUUUCCCCUUCCAUACUAAAGUAUGAAGGGGUACCUGUCUAUCGGUGUGUUCAGAAUGCUGGAGAGUUUGUUCUGACCUUCCCUAGAGCAUAUCAUGCGGGGUUCAACUGUGGUUUCAAUUGCGCUGAGGCAGUAAAUGUAGCUCCUGUUGACUGGUUGCCUCAUGGGCAGAUCGCUAUUGAGCUAUACCGUGAACAGGGAAGAAAAACUUCCAUCUCACAUGAUAAACUGUUGCUUGGAGCAGCAAGGGAAGCAGUCAAAGCCCUCUGGGAGCUCAAUUUAUUGAAGAAGUACACUUCUGAUAACAUAAGGUGGAAAGAUAUGUGUGGAAAGGAUGGAGUCUUAGCUAAAACUCUCAAGACGCGUGUUGAGAUGGAGCAUCGAGGGAGGGAAGUUCUUUGCAGUUCCUCUCUGGCUGUGAAAAUGGAGAGCAAUUUUGAUGCUACCAGCGAGAGAGAAUGCAGUAUAUGUUUUUUUGAUUUGCACCUUUCUGCAGCAGGUUGUCAUUGCUCCCCCGAUAGAUAUGCAUGCCUGAAUCAUGCAAAGCAGUUCUGCUCAUGUGCUAGGGGUGCCAAAAUUUUCCUUUUUCGUUAUGACAUAAAUGAAUUAAAUAUCCUUGUUGAGGCGCUGGAAGGAAAACUAAGUGCAGUAUAUAGGUGGGCAAGACUAGACCUUGGGCUGGCCCUGAGUUCAUAUGUCUCCAGAGACAAUAUGCUGGGUGCUAAAUUAUCGCAUGCCCUGGAAGUAAUACCUAAAGGGGUGCAAUCACAACCAUCAGUUAAUUCCGUCAAAGAUUUACCAGGAGAAGAAAUGUCGAAAGACAAGCCUUUGAUUUUAGCUCAGAUCUCUGCUCAGAUGUUAUUGCUACAAAGAAACAAACUACCAGAGGCUGCAUUACCAUCAAAAGUUUCAAAUGCUAAGUUGAAGAAAGAGGAAACCAUUCUUUCUGCAUCAAAUUUAAGAAUGCCUGUUUGCCACUUCUCCCAGGAACAUAGGCCAUCCACUGGAGGCGAAACUGCUGUAGAAAGUAGAGUGAAGAAACCUUCAGCUCCAGCAGAUGAUAACAUUAUUCUUCUUAGCGAUGAUGAAGGUGAUGAGCCAAAGAAACCAGUUUCAGAAAGACCAAAAGAACAUUUUAUUACAAAGCAGUCAGACGUUUCAUUGAGGCUGGCACCAUCAGGCGAAGCGAUCACAUGUAAUUUUAAUAAUGAGCCUAUCUUAACCAUCCCUCUGACUGAUGCUGCAGUUAUGAAUCAAAGGGAUGCCAGUUCCCCUGAUGUACAAAGGAAUAGUUGUUCAUCUCAUUAUUCUCAAGUGAAAGAUGAGCAUGCUGGAAAUGAUAUCACAUUGUUUGGAUAUAAUCACCAGAAUAUUUCUUGUCAUUUAGACUCCGCCAUUGCAGAAUCUGGUAGAAAUGUUCAGGAUUCUUGUAAUAGUACAGAGAUGUAUAAUAUCAAUAAUAAUCUUGUGACUGUUGAAAGCAACCUUCAGCAUCUGCUGCCAUUGGAAAGUGAAAAAGCUAACAAGGAUAAAUUUGAGAAGUUGGGAGCCAUUGCCUCUUCAAAUUUAGUUGACAAUGCAAAAGCUAAUGUAGGAGGGCCGUCUUGCUCUCAAAAUAAUCUGGACAGAAACUUCCGGCAGAAAGGACCUCGCAUUGCUAAGGUAGUGCGCAGGAUCAACUGCAAUGUUGAGCCACUGGAAUUUGGAGUUGUUCUCUCUGGGAAUUUUUGGUGUAACAGCCAGGCCAUUUUUCCUAAAGGAUUUAAGAGCCGGGUUAGGUAUAUAAACGUUUUAGAUCCAACAAAUAUGGCAUACUAUGUCUCAGAAAUUCUGGAUGCAGGAAGGGAUGGACCUUUGUUCAUGGUUUCUGUGGAGCAUUGUCCCAGUGAAGUAUUCAUCCAUGUUUCAGCUGCCAGAUGCUGGGAGAUGGUGAGGGAGAAAGUGAAUCAAGAGAUCACAAAGCAGCAUAGACUAGGAAGGACCAACCUCCCACCAUUACAGCCUCCUGGAAGCCUAGAUGGCUUUGAGAUGUUUGGUUUUUCUUCACCAGCAAUCGUGCAGGCCGUUGAGGCAAUCGAUCGAAAUCGAGUUUGUACAGAGUAUUGGGACUCUCGGCCUUACUCACGGCCUCGAGUGCAGAUUCUACAACAUUCUCAGCUCCCUGAUAAUGGUGGGAACUUAUUUAGGACAUCUGGAGAACAAAGUAAUGCAGGGGAUCCUCGCAACAAUUGCUUGCCUGGUGGAGUUGACACGAUACUCAGAGGCCUAUUCAAGAAGGCCAACUCUGAAGAAUUACACUUGCUUUGUAGCAUUUUAAGUGACAAAAGGCCACCCGUGGAUGUAGACCGUGUGGCUCGACUCCUUAAUGAAGAGAUUCACCGUCGUCCUGGAUGAUUGAAAUUUUUUUUUUUGGUCUCAUGCGCAUUGAGACCAAACUUGGGGGAUUCCAUUUUUCCUCUUCUUUCGUCACUGUAAAUUCCGGUGUCCAGCUUUUCACGCUGCACGUACAGCUUUCAUUCAAUCCGUCAAUUCUUUCGGGUAGGAAAAAUUGAUUAAAAAAACUAUAGGUUAUUUUUGCAUCCUGACUAUUGUAGCAUAAACAAGUCCAGAAAUUCAACUGGUGGAAUCUCACUGCCUCUCUCAUUUUGGCAUUAUCCAGGCAUCGAUAAGGGGUACCAUUAUCCACUUCUACAAAUUUUUGUUGAUCUUGAGUUGUAGUUUUAGCUUCAUACACAGUGUUAAUAAAAACAAAGCCCCUUCUAACU